AGACCUGGCCAGUCGGGGCCAGAAUUUCCAGGAAGUGGCAGAGGUGAGAGGUUGACCGCUCCGAGCCCCUAGCCCUGAGCCCGGUUUCACGGACCAUGGCCGCGUCCACGCCGCUUCGCGACUGCCAGGCAUGGAGGGAUGCCAGGCUCCCGCUCUCCACCACCAGCAACGAAGCCUGCAAGCUGUUCGAUGCCACCGUGACCCAGUAUGUAAAGUGGGGCAAUGACAAGAACCUCGGUGGCAUUGAAGGCUGCCUGGCAAAGAUCAAAGCGGCAGACCCGAACUUUGUCAUGGGCCACGUCAUCUCUAAUGGCCUCAUGCUCAUCGGCACCGGAAGCACAGUGAGGCUGGACAAGGAGCUGGACCUGGCUGUGAAGACCAUGGUGGAGAUUUCAAAAACCCAGCCGCUGACACCCAGGGAAAAGCUGCAUGUGGCCGCAGUGGAGACGUUUGCCAAGGGGGACUUCCCGAAAGCCUGUGAGCUGUGGGAAGACAUUCUCUGGGACCACCCGACAGACAUGUUGGCCCUGAAGUUUGCCCACGACGGCUACUUUUACCUGGGCUACCUGGAGCAGAUGCGAGAUUCUGUGGCUCGAGUUUACCGCUUUUGGACACCUGACGUUCCCCUUAGCAGCUAUGUGAAAGGCCUCUAUUCUUUUGGAUUGAUGGAAACCCACUUCUACGAUCAGGCCGCAAAGCUUGCCAAAGAGGCGCUCGCCAUCGAGCCCACGGAUGCGUGGUCUGUGCACACCUUGGCCCACGUGCAUGAGAUGAGGGCAGAGGUCAAGGCCGGCAUUGAAUUCAUGCAGCGCUCAGAGGACCACUGGAAGGACUCUGACAUGCUUGCUUGCCACAAUUACUGGCACUGGGCUCUGUACUUGAUUGAGAAGGGUGAAUACGAGGCGGCACUGACCAUCUACGAUAAACACAUCCUGCCCUACCUGCGGGACAGAGGUUCUGUGCUGGACCUGGUGGACAACUGCUCCUUGCUCUUCCGCCUCCAGAUGGAAGGGGUGUCCGUGGGCCAGCGCUGGCACGAUGUCCUGCCCGUGGUGCGGCCUCACAGCCAGGACCACAUCCUGCUGUUCAACGAUGCCCACUUCCUGAUGGCCUCCCUGGGUGCCCAGGACCGCCAGAUCACGCAGGACCUGCUGACCGGCCUGCAGGAAGCCAGCGAGUCCCCCGGGGAGAACUGCCAGCACCUGCUGGCCCGCGACGUGGGGCUGCCCCUGUGCCAGGCCAUAGUGGCGUUCAAGGACGGGAACGCAGACCGCGCACUGGAGCUGCUCUUGCCCAUCCGCUACCGCAUUGUGCAGAUCGGGGGCAGCGCCGCGCAGAGAGACGUCUUCAACCAGCUGCUGAUCCACGCAGCCCUGAACUGCACCUCCAGUGCCCGCAGGAACGUGGCCCGGAAUCUUCUGAUGGAGCGCAACGCCUUGAAGCCCAACUCGCCCCUGACCGAGCGGCUCAUCCGCAAGGCUGCUGCCAUCCACCUCAUGUAAUGAGCGACAGAGGGGCCCCGGGUGGCCUCCCCUGUGUUAGAGCGGCCCUACUGGCCUAGUCAGGGGACUGGGGCCUGCUUGUCUGGGCUGGUAGAGGGCGAGAUUCAGCCAGAGCGGCCCCACCUUGAACUCAGUUUUAUAGAAAGAGGGAGUGCAAAUUUCCAUGUGAUGUUUUAGAAUUUUCUUGCCAUCCUCGCUAAGGUCCAGGGUGCCUUUUCUCAUGCGUGGUUCUGGGGCUCAGGCUUGUACUUGCUAAGCAAGUGCUCUCCCACUCAGCUACAAUUACCUCCCCCCAAGUACUUUUUGAGAUGGGAUCUCACUCAGUUACCCAAGCUAGCCUUGAACUUGCAAUCUUCCUGUCUCAGCCUCCCAAGGAGCUGGAAUUAAAAUAAUGUACUACUACCCCUGAA